CAAUUCCUGCUUCUGUGCGUAACUCUCUUCUCCUUAUCCUGCGAAGUAGCUCUUAUGGAGUCCACUGUUUCAGCUACAACUCUCUUCUCCUUAUCCAAAGCGCUAAAUUCAUUCCCUAAGCCGCUAGUCUUGGGUCUUCAUCGCCAUUUCUCUAGAACUCUAAAUCAAAGCCUUCGAAAGCGAUUGUCGUCUGUUAGAAUCAAAUGUAUCUCCAAUGGCGAUUUUCAGAGAUCAAGUGAUCUAUUUUCAGUCAUCUCCUCUGGAAUUUCGUUUAGAAGUUUGAAUGUGGCUUGUCCGCUAUCGUCUCGUUUGGCUUGUAUAUCGAGGUCUUCUGCUGCUUCCUUUGCCUCGGACGGUGGGAGUGAUGGAUAUGAUGGGGGAAACAGAGGCAGCGGUGGUGGCGGCGGUGAAGGUGAUGGAUCAAAUAGCUCAGAAACAAAUUCAAAAUCUAUUGCAGGAGAGUCUGAUAAAGUUUCGGCUUUGUCACCCGAUGUAAUAAUUCUUGAUGUUGGGGGAAUGACAUGUGGAGGAUGUGCAGCGAGUGUGAAACGAAUAUUAGAAAGUCAACCCCAGGUGUCUUCUGCCAAUGUCAAUCUUGCAACUGAGACAGCAAUUAUAUGGCCAGUAGUAGAAGCCAAGGUUUCCCAGAACUGGCAACAACAGUUAGGAGAGACUCUUGCAAAGCAUCUGACUGAUUGCGGGUUUAAGUCCAAUCUCCGAGAUUCUACAAGAGACAAUUUCUACAGAGUAUUCGAAAGAAAGAUGGAUGAAAAACGUAAUCGUUUAAAAGAAAGUGGUCGGAGCCUCGCUGUCUCAUGGGCAUUGUGCGCUGUAUGCCUCUUUGGUCAUCUGUCUCAUAUCUUUGGAGCUAAUGCUUCAUGGAUCCAUGCAUUUCACUCCACAGGAUUUCAUCUGCCAUUGUCUUUAUUUACUUUACUUGGCCCUGGCCGCCAACUUAUCCUAGAUGGUCUGAAAAGCCUGAUUAGGGGGUCUCCUAACAUGAACACUUUAGUUGGUCUCGGGGCUUUAUCAUCUUUUGCUGUCAGUUCCAUUGCUGCGUUAGUACCCAAACUGGGCUGGAAGGCAUUCUUUGAGGAACCAAUUAUGUUAAUAGCAUUUGUCUUGUUAGGAAGGAAUCUUGAACAGAGGGCAAAACUGAAAGCGACCAGUGAUAUGACUGGACUUCUGAGUAUCCUACCAUCAAAAGCCCGUCUUAUAGUUGAUGAUGAUGAAGAAAAGUUGCAUUCGCUAGUUGAAGUACCUUGCAACAGCCUCUGUGUUGGUGACCGGAUUGUUGUACUGCCUGGAGACCGAAUUCCAGCAGAUGGAAUUGUUAGAGCUGGUAGAAGCACAGUUGAUGAAUCAAGUUUCACAGGGGAGCCACUUCCAGUAACAAAACUCGCUGGGUCUGAAGUUGCGGCAGGAAGCAUGAACUUGAACGGUAUGCUUACUGUUCAAGUGAGAAAGCCGGGUGGUGAGACUGUGAUGGGAGACAUUGUUCGUUUGGUAGAAGAAGCACAGAAUAGGGAAGCUCCUGUACAGCAAUUGGCUGACAAGGUUGCUGGGAAGUUCACAUAUGGAGUCAUGGCACUAUCAGCUGCAACUUUUGUGUUUUGGAAUGUGUUUGGAAUGCACAUCCUACCUGCCAACAUUCAUCAUGGAAAUCCACUUUCACUGGCAUUGCAGCUCUCCUGUAGUGUUCUGGUUGUCGCUUGUCCGUGUGCACUAGGCCUUGCAACACCGACUGCUGUGUUGGUUGGAACUUCACUAGGGGCAACAAGAGGAUUGCUUUUACGUGGUGGGAAUGUCUUGGAAAAGUUUGCGUUGGUGAACUCAAUUGUGUUUGACAAGACAGGGACCUUGACGAUAGGAAGACCUGUUGUGACUAAAGUGAUGACUCUUGAAUGUGAUGGAGACAAAAAUUCAAGGCAGAAGUCAAACCAGAAAUGGUCAGAAGUAGAGGUUCUGAGGUUAGCUGCUGGAGUUGAUUCAAAUACAAUUCAUCCAAUUGGAAAAGCUAUUGUGGAAGCUGCUCAGGGUGCUGGUUGUCAGAAUGUGAAGGUAACAGAUGGAACAUUUAGGGAGGAACCUGGAUCUGGUGCAGUAGCAACUAUUGAGCAAAAAGAGGUUUCUGUUGGGACAUUAGACUGGGUUCAAAGGCAUGGUGUUGAUAAGAACCCUUUUCAAGAAGUAGAAGAGUUGAAGAAUCAAUCUGUUGUAUACGUAGGAGUUGAUGGUGUUUUAGCAGGCCUCAUUUAUUUUGAGGACAGGAUUAGAGAAGAUGCUAGGUAUGUUGUUGAAUCUCUAUCCAAGCAAGGAAUAGGCAUAUACAUGCUGACUGGGGAUAAAAAGCACACUGCUGAAUAUGUGGCAUCUGUUGUUGGUAUCGCCAAAGAGAAGGUGUUAUCAGGAGUCAAACCAGAAGAGAAGAAGCAAUUCAUUAAUGAACUGCAGAAGGAUCAGAAAGUUGUAGCUAUGGUUGGUGAUGGAAUUAAUGAUGCUGCUGCCUUGGCUUCAUCAGAUGUUGGAGUUGCCAUGGGAGGAGGUGUUGGAGCUGCCAGUGAGGUGUCACCAAUUGUGCUUAUGGGUAACAGACUUUCACAGUUACUUGAAGCUUUGGAGCUAAGUAGAUUAACCAUGAACACUGUCAAGCAGAAUCUUUGGUGGGCAUUUGCAUAUAAUAUUAUUGGAAUUCCAAUUGCUGCUGGACUGUUGCUGCCAGUGACUGGGACCAUGCUGACUCCAUCAAUAGCUGGAGCUCUAAUGGGCUUGAGUUCCAUAGGGGUCAUGACAAAUUCAUUGCUUCUCAGGCUCAAGUUUGCCUCAAAACAGAAACCGAUCUGCAAACUGCCUCUGGAGGCCAAAACCAGUUCCCAGCCUGACAUUCUUACCAGCAAGAAUAGCAAGUUGGAUCACUCUCAUGCUGCUGCUAGAUGGAGGAAUGUUUGAUUGUUCAGGAAAAGCUGUACUAAUUAAAAUGUAGGCCGUAAUGGAAAACAUUUUUUUUUAUGC